GACAGGAGCCCAAAAUCGUCAUUCAACCUGGCAGACUGGUGAGAGAAUAGAAGAGAGAGUUAAGAGACAAACGUUUAGGAGUUUUUAGAGAGAGAGUGUGUGUCCUAGAGAGAGAGAGAGAGAGAGAGAGAGAGACUCGUGGAGGGUCGCGGUGUGCGAUGCGUGGAGGGCAGGUGCUGAGUGCCCAGACAGAGAAACACCGAGAUCGCGCUCUUGAAAAUGGCGGAUCGUCAUCCCAAACUCUCAAUACUCUGAACCAGCUUUCAUCGUCUUCCUCGUCGCUCUUCCCAGAUCACCGACUUGCAGAGAUGGCUGAGGCGGCGAAGGUUCUGUACAUCGUGGUGGUGGACGAAGAGGACAAGAGAGAGAAAGGGAAGGAGUCCUUUCGCUAUACGCGUCCUGUUUUGCAGAGUUCUCUGCAACUCAUGGGCUGCAAGCCCCGCCACGCCUUCAAGAUUAGCCAACGGGUUUUCGAAUUGAUAAGAAAUGAGAGUUCAUCUAAUGUCUUGCUGCCAGAAGGAACAGAAAAUGUUCCCCCUAGUAAAGAUGAGGCUGGAAACCAUUUGGGUUCAGGGAAAGAUGAUAGAAGCAAGAGUGUUCCUUUUGAAUUGUACAAAGCACGCACGACUGUUGUGGUUAGGAGAAAAACCUUCUUAGAUGUUGUUUGUGAUGCUCUGGCUGAGUACAAGUAUGUUGGUCCCAACCAGAGGGCAGACUUAGCUUUGGCAUGCAGAAUCAGGGAAAGGAAGGAAUCUGUGACUGUACUGUUGUGUGGCACUAGUGGCUGUGGAAAAUCUACUUUGUCCUCAUUGCUGGGUAGCAGGUUGGGAAUUACAACUGUGAUAUCUACCGACUCAAUUCGGCACAUGAUGAGGAGCUUUGUAGAUGAAAAGGAAAACCCUCUGCUAUGGGCUUCAACCUAUCAUGCAGGGGAGUGUCUGGAUCCAGUGGCUGUUGCAGAAGCCAAAGCUAAAAAGAAAGCCAAAAAAUUGGCAGGAACUCCACACUCACUUCCCAAAGAUGGGAUGCCUGAUGGCUCUGCCUUUGGGAAAUCUGAUACCCGAUUGUCAGAUGUCGGUUCGAGUACUGCUGAAUUGAUCAGCCCAAAGCAGAUGGCUGUUGAAGGGUUUAAGGCUCAAAGUGAGAUGGUGAUUGACAGUCUUGAUCGCCUUAUCACUGCGUGGGAGGAACGGAGAGAAUCAGUUAUCGUGGAAGGUGUUCACUUGAGCCUUAAUUUUGUGAUGGGGCUUAUGAAGAAACACCCUUCUAUCAUUCCAUUCAUGAUAUACAUUACAAAUGAGGACAAACACAUGGAACGAUUUGCUGUCCGUGCAAAGUAUAUGACACUGGACCCAACAAAGAACAAAUAUGUGAAGUAUAUCCGUAACAUCAGAACAAUCCAAGAAUAUCUCUGUAAGCGAGCUGACAAGCAUCUUGUCCCCAAAAUUAACAAUACUAAUGUUGACAAGAGUGUGGCAGCCAUCCAUGCAACAGUUUUUAGCUGCCUCCGUAGGCGUGAAGCAGGGGAGCAACUUUGUGAUCCCACAAGAAACACAGUUACUGUAGUGGAUGAGGAGUAUAGGAACCAGUGUGCAGCCAAUUCUUUGAGUUCUAAGGGGAUGUUUCAGCUGAUCCAGAGAAAAGGUUCGUCUAGGCAUUUGAUGGCUCUUGUAAAUACUGAUGGAUCUGUGGCCAAGGCUUGGCCUAUUGAUUCAGUUAAUAGUAAUGGGAAGCCUAUAUUUUGCCAUGGGACUGAGAUGGAGAUUGGAACCGCAGAGCAAGUGAAUCUUCAGUUUGGUCUCUAUGGGAUCAGUGCUUGGCCCAGUGAUGGUGGACCUAGUUGUGCUGGAAGUGUUGAUGAGUCGAGGGGUGAGGGAACUGAGAUUGGAAGAAGUAUUCCCUCUUCUUGCUGCAGCUCCCCACGGAUGUCUGAGGGACCUGCCAAAGAGCUGAAGGAGGACAAUUCAGUGCAUGGAAGUGACGAAGAGGUUGAAGAAGAGGCUGAUGUAGGCAGUGAUGAAGAACUAAGUGAUGACGGUGACAAACGACUGUAUGAAGAGAUAGGGUCGGUGGAUGAGGAGUCUACGAAAACGGAUGAAGAGUAUGAUGACUUAGCAAUGCAGGACGUGCAGGGAAAUGGAUACUGGUUGGAGAAUGAUGAUCGGGGAGCUAAUCACCCCAUUUCUGAGGAUCAAUCAGCCGAUAAAGAAGGGGAUAAGUAUCGCCAGAACCUGGAUCUCUUCCUUAGAACUAGAUCAGAGUCAUUUUCUGAACCAUUCUGCUCAUACUCUUCUGUGUUUAUUGAGAAGAAUGAGCUUUCAAUGCCGUGCUCUGGCAAUAUGAAAAUUAGAAAACGCCGCUCCCUUAGCAUUCCCGCCUUGGGAAGGCACGGGUCAUUAGUCGGGGGUCCCAUACUUUCGGGAGCCCCUCAGUGCUAACGCCUUAGUUUUUAUGGACCUUAGUGCUCUCAUCACCCUGUCAUUUUCUCCCUUUCUCUUUGUAGCCCGCCCCUUUAGCGUAUUUAGUGAACUUAAGUCCCCCGUAUCUGUACAGUAAUCUAUUUAGGAAGUUGCAACGGAACGUAUUAUAGUGUACUCAUUAGCUAUGAAUCUAUGGUAGAAUGAGAACAUGAUUUUAUGAGUAGUAUGGGAUGCAUAGAAUGAGCUCAAGAUUUUUGAGUUGUAUGCUAAGCGCUAUCUAUGGGUUGAAUACCGACUUUGUUUUUCGUGAUUCUUUCUAGCAGGGAUCGAGUUGGUUGUUUGUUCAAUCUCUGUUCAAGAUGUAUUGCCCAACUAUUCACCAAGAUGCCGAGGCCAGAAAGGGGAGGAUCUGCGUCCGAGUGAAAAUGCGGAUACAGAGAUCCAGCUUACACAUGCAUUCUGCUUCGGUGGAAAAGCGUUUCCUUUGCGGUUUUCGAUGGCAGAUAAGAAAGAUAGUUUUGGUUUUAUUGCUUCACUGGCUCAUAAAUGAAAGGGAUUGUUUUUUUUGUUUAACCUUAUAAUUGGUGGUGGAGAAUGAUAUCGAACAUUUGGCUUUAUUAAUCACAAGACCUCCCCAUCUGUGAAACUCGAUCAGCUCUUGGUUGAUGGGCAAUGCAUUUUGCAGAGU